UGGAAAACCAUCGUUUUACGAAUAUUUGCGAAUAUCAAUGUGAUUUUUCUUUUAGUCGUGUCUGCUUAUGCUGUAAUUAAAGUUGUCGAGCGUUCAGAAGAAGAUCAUGGAGGUUCUUGGUGGCGACGAAAUGAAAUCACGAUUGUCAUGUCUUUAAUAUCGUUCAUAUUUCCAAUGCUUUUUGAAAUUCUUGGAUUAAUUGAGUAUUAUCAUCCGAGGAUGCAGUUGCGACUUCAACUAGCGAGGAUUAUGAGUCUCAAUCUGUUGAAUUUAUUAUCUUUAAUUUGGGCAUUGUUUGAGAAAGUUCGAGGCAUGAUGAAGAGAGUCGCUGAGAUUGAAUUGUACCAAAGUAUGAUGGAAAAUGCAUCCAUGAUUGCAAAAACAAUGCGACCACCAUCAAGUGUUCAAACUCCUUUAUCAUCAACAUUAUUGACUACAUUAACCAGCACGCAAUCUACAACAUUAUCGUCCACAACACGAAUGACAACGGAACCAACAACAUCUAGAGACAUUUUAACAACGACCAGUUCUACAAUAAAAUCAAUCACCGAAGCAAUUUUCGAUAAAAUGACGGAAAUUGUAAAUUUAUCAACAUCUACGGAAUAUCCACUUGAUGAUAAAACAGACAUUUAUGAUUACAGCAAUCCUGAUUACUUUGAAGUUGAUUCAUCAACAAUUAAUAUGUUUUCUUCGACAACAUUUACGACACCUAAUGACUCAAUGAUCUACGAUGACUAUGCAAAUUUUACAAAUGACAUCGUCAAUAUCACAAAUGCAACUUCCGAAGUCUUAACAAAUUUCAAUAUAUCCAAUUUAAUUAACAGUGUUACGCCAUUCUUCGACAUGGAUCAAUAUUAUUAUGAUUAUUACAAUGAUUCAGAUGCCGUCAAUGGAACUAAUGCUGAUGCAACAAAAUAUUCAAACAUGCUGGCUAAUAAGUUCAAUCAUUAUCGAUAUGAUUAUCAGAAUAGCAACUUCGAUGAUGAGAUGAGAUAUUUGAAUGCGAGUACGAAGGAAGAGAUGAGAAAAUUGUGUUGGGAAACGAUGUUUGGGCAAGAAUUGGUGAAGCUAACUGUCAUGGAUCUGUUACUGACAGUUAUGCAAAUUCUCAUGUUUGACUUCUUUCGUGCAUUAUUCGUACGAUAUGUGAAUGGAUGUUGGUGUUGGGAUUUGGAGAAGAAAUUUCCCAAGUACGGCGAUUUUAAGAUUGCCGAAAAUAUUCUUCAUUUAGUGAAUAAUCAAGGAAUGGUGUGGAUGGGAAUGUUCUUUUCUCCUGGUUUGGCGAUCAUUAAUCUGAUUAAGCUUGUAUUAAUCAUGUAUUUGAGGUCUUGGGCUGUUCUUACUUGCAAUGUACCGCAUGAGGUUAUUUUUAGAGCAUCAAGAUCAAAUAACUUCUAUCUCACAUUACUUCUUACAAUGCUGUUCCUAUGUGUUCUCCCAGUCUCAUAUGCAAUCGUAUGGGUCGCACCGUCUAAACAUUGCGGACCAUUUUCCGAGAAGAAACUCAUGUAUCAUUUAUUUACCGACACGAUCAUGUCAUUGAUGCCGCAAACCACGCACAGAUAUUUACAAUACUUCGUUAGUCCAGCAGCAAUCAUUCCACUUUUGUUACUAUUAAUAUUGUUCAUCUACUAUCUGAUAUCUUUAACUGGUGCACUACGUGAGGCUAAUCAAGAUUUAAAGACACAAUUGCAUAAAGAGAGAACCGAGGAACGAAAGAAAAUGAUGAAAUUGAUGGAAGAUAAAAUAAAUGAAGUAACGAUCUCGAAAAAUCGAUUGUCAGCGAGAUGGAAGAAAGUUCUUGACAUAUCGAAGCCACCAGGAACGAUGACAACGCCAACAAUAACGGCAACAUUGGUCGAUGAUUCAGCUGAUCGCAAAAAAUUGCUGCUAACGCGAGCAAUGAAAAAUAUUUUAAAGAAAAAGUACUCGAAUGAGGGCGAUGGAAUACCUAAAAUAACGACAUCUGAGGCUGCAGAGCCGUGAACUUCUUUCUCUCUAUUUUCUAUUUUUACUCUGUUCGUUCUUUGAAGAGAGGAAGAAGAAAAAAAAAUCCUCAAUUUAAUGUUUGUUAAUUGAUAAAAUGGAAUUUCAAUUGAUGUUUCUAGUCGAUGUUCGAGAAGAAAGCAGUGAAUAAAGAAAAAUGCAGUAGAAAGGUUGAUUGAAAAAUGCAGU